AUGGAAAAAGGCAUCAAGGCGUUCGAGCACCAAGAAUGGGUAUCCCAGCGCAAGGUCCCCCACACCAUCGACGUCGUCGACCCCUCCCCCUCGUGGCCGUCCACAUUCACGUCCCUCGCGGCCUCGAUCCGCGCCGCCCUGCCGCCGUCCAGCUUCCUCGCCAUCCACCACGUCGGCUCGACGAGCGUGCCCGGGCUCGCCUCCAAGCCCGUCAUCGACAUGGACCUGCUCGUCGCCGACCCGGCCGACGAGUCGUCGUACGUGCCGCACCUCGAGACCGCGGGCUACCACUUCCUCUUCCGCGAGCCGCCGUGGUACGAGCACCGCAUGCUCGCGCGCUAUGGGGACCCCAUGUUUGUCAACCUGCACGUGUACGGCCCCGGGGAGCUGGAGCUGGAGAGCAAGCGCCACAGGAUGCUCAGAGACUGGCUGAGGAAAACACCAGAGGACAGGGACCGUUACGGCGAGGUGAAGCGUGAGGCGUCGCGCAGGGCAAAGGCGAAUGGCGAGGGCGUCGGGCCGUACACAGAGUACAAGGGGGAUGUGAUUCGGGAGAUUAUGGAGCGGGCCAAGGCGGAUGCGGAGAAGCAGAGCUAA